AUGCCGCCGAAUCCCGUCGACUUUCGUCUCGCAAACGCCCCGCUCACGUUCGUGGACGAUCUCGCGCGAUGCGCGCCGGAACUGCAAAACGUCGUAAACGUCCUCGAUCUCCGUGCGCUCCAUCUCGAGCGCGCUCUGCUCGAAGACAUCAGGAGAAAGUCCAACGCGCAGCACCGCGGGAGCAAACACUUGGACGCGCUGACGCUCGCUCGACGGCUCUCGCGCGACGUCGACGCCUUGGAUACGCGUGAGACGUUCGUUCGUCUACUGCGCGACGUCGAGGCGUGCGUGAAGCACGCGCGGUCGCUGGAGGGUGGGGAGACGCGCGAGGCGCCGGCGAGAGCGCGCGCGGACGCGUGCGCGACGGCGGCGCUCGGACUCGCGCGAACGCUCGAAAAGCUCGCGCGGGCGUGCGAAGACGUCGUGGAGGCGUUCGCGGGACAGCUGGGGCGGUCGUAUUUCAUGCCGUUGGCGCUCACGGCGAGCGCGUGCGCGUCGAGGAUACGAAUCGAGUGUCACGAGGCGGCGAGCGCGCUCGCGUCGGCGUAUAAUUGCGCGAUGCGCGUGCGAGAAAUUUUACCCCCACCGGGGGCGUUCGGGUCAGGGAGCGGGAAUGGGGAGGAUUCGGGACGAAUGCCGCCACGGGAGCUCCGGGUGCUGAUCAAAGAGGACGGGAGCGUGCGGCUCGUCGCGGUUGGCGAUGAAGUCGGCGCGCUGGACGACGCGCUCGAUCGCGCUUGGGCAAACGCCAUCGUGCGCGAUAAUCCCUCGGCGGAACCAUUGACGGUGGAUGUGGGUGAUGAUGACCUGAGUGACCUCGGAGUGCGCGUGGAUCGGGCGGAUGCGAGCGAUAGAGACGUCGUCGUCGUGGCGAAGCAAUCGCAAAUACCGCGCGCAAAGGCGCUCAAGUAUGAUCGAGCGGUGAGCGCUUCGUCCGCGCUCGGUGCGUUUCCGAGCGACAGUGCGAACCCAUUCGCGUCAAAGAAGCGGCGGCGGAAGAAGAAGGACGGGGCGAACCAGGACGACACCGCCAAGGGAGCCAAGAAGAAGCCGAAACAACUCGAGCCGCCGAAGUCAAAGGAAGAGGCGCUCGAACGCCUGCGCAGCAUCGGGUCUUUCGCGUGGUGA